AUGGCAGCCCACAGAAAAGCCGCCGCCGCCGGCGUCCUCCUCCUCGCGGCUCUGGCUCUCGCACUCCACGCGGGGACGGUCGCGGCCGCGGCCGCCGCCCUCCCCCGCCGGUACCAGGACCCGAGGGUGGCGCUGGCGCUCAUCCGCAACAGCUGCCGGACCACCGAGUACCCGCGCCUGUGCGUGCGCUCCCUCUCCGCCUUCGCCGGCGCCAUCCAGACCCCCGCGCAGCUAGCCGACGUAGCAUUGGCGGUCAGCCUGAGGACCGCCCGCUCCGCGACGGCCGUGGUGACGAGGAUGGCAGCGCGGCGGCGGCGCAGGAUGGGUCGCCGGGCGGCGUCCGCCAUCGGGGACUGCCUGGAGACGAUGGGAGAUUCCGUCGACGAGUUGAGGGACUCGCUCCGUGCCAUUGGCCAUAUGAACAGGCGCAAUGUCCGCCUGCAGAUCAGCAACAUCCAGACGUGGGUAAGCGCCGCGCUGACGGACGACGACACCUGCAUGGAGGAGCUCGCCGGAAAGGCCAUCGACGCCGAGGUGAGGGCCGUCGUGAGAGGCCACAUUACGAGGGUUACCCAGCUGACGAGGAACGCUCUGGCUCUGAUCAACACCCUCUCCACCACCGCAGCCGCCGCCGCCGACUCUCCGUGA